GUCGAGUUAGGUUUCACAUACCUUAUUAGUGCAUUUGGGAAACAGCAACCAUGACGUUAACUGAAUAAAGUGUAGCGUCUUACAUGACUGUUAAGCUGCAGACAAACGGCAACACUCUCCGGGAACUGUAUCUCCCCUCUUUAACUCGGUUCUUCCAGGUCUUCUCCCGUCUCUUCAUCCAAGUCAACCUCGACCCAAGACCAAACCAAACUAAACUAAACAACCUACACCACCAAUUCACAUCACCAACAAGCACUCACUCAUAGCCAAACCACCACCACCAUGACCUCAGUCGAGGCUUUCCCUCCCUCCAUGGGAUUGGGACCAGAACACACCAAUGGCAGCAACAAGACCGCCGACGGCAAGCCCCCCUCCUUCGACGGCAAAAUCGACAGCAAGCUGAACGGCAAGCACCACGCCGAACCCAACGGCAAACACGCCGCCUCUGAGCCCAACGGCAAGUCCCACAUCAGCGAGCCCAACGGCAACAGCAAGACCAGCAGCAGCGGCGGCAAGACCGCGCCCUCCUCCGCUCUCGGCUCCCGGAACCCCCAGGACCUGAUCCAACGGGGCGUGUACAAGUCCAACAUGCUGGGCACCGCCACCUUCAUCGGCCUCCGCGCUCUCGACCCGCUGCUACAGUACAAGUUACUCGCGGGCGACUGGGGCACGCGCCUGCUGUCCAAGCUGAACAUCUCUUCCAUCCCUCUGUACGACUAUUUUGUAGAGACGACCACUUCGGGGGGGACCACCAGGUCGUCCAUCAUCCGCCACCUGCCCCUGCCGCGCCUUUUGUUGCUGCUCAUGUCCGCGGGAUCCAGUCUCAAGCAGAUCUACUGGCUUUUGAGCCUUUCUCGCGAGGAGCUGACCCCUGCUGCGGCUGUGGAAGUGUCGUUGUUCAACACGGUCAUCAACACUAUGGGCUCUUUGCUUUUGUUGAGCACCUCAACUUCGGCCUCCCUCUCAACCCCGCGCAUCACCCUCCCCUUCACUUACAACUCAGCCACCGGCACGUCCAUGUCUUUGCCUCUGCCCAUCGCCAUCGGCACAAUCAUGUACGUGACCGGCAUGGCGAUCGAGACCCUCACGGAGCGAACGCGCAAGAAAUUUAAGGAUGACGAGGCCAACGAGGGCAAGAUCUGCCGCGAAGGGCUCUGGAACAAGGCGCGCCACAUCAACUAUGGCGGGUACACGCUGUGGAGGGCCGGGUACGCGAUGGCGGCGGGCGGCUGGAUCCCGGCGCUGGGCGUGGCGGCGUUCCAUAUCUGGCACUUUGUCAGCAGGAGCACGGUGUUUAUGAGCGAGUACAUGCAGAGUCGGUAUGGAGAGCAGUGGGAGAAGUAUAAGAAGGAGGUGCCGUAUGUUUUGAUUCCUGGGAUUUACUAAGGGGUAGUUUCGAGGUUUCGCUAGAGGGCCAGAGGAGGGAAGUCCACCGCUGUGGGUUUAUCUGUGUGAUCGGUUUGGGAAACUCGGGUGUCUGUGAUGAUGUAUGGUGGUGAGAGUGUGAGGUAAGUAGGUUAGUACUCAGGAGUGAGUGGGGGUACAAUAUUGAGGG